GGGCUCGAAGUCCUGAACGUUCGGAAGGGCGCGAUGGCGAGCGUUAGCACCGAGAAGUCCGGGGCGAUCAGCGGAGAGUUCGAGGCGUCGGAGGAGACGCUGGCCGAGGCCAAUGACGGGGGCCUCGAGCGCGAGAUCCCCGCCAAUGCGCUCGCCAAGGCGAUGGUCGACGUGGAGAGCGCGGGCGCCCUGGAGGCGGCGGUGCCCGCGCCUGCUGCGCUGCCGCGCCCGACUGCGCCCUCGCCCCAGACGCUGCCAGCGGGGGCCGCGCCGUCUCCAGCGCGGCCAGCGGCGGCGCCGACGUCGGGGGCCAAGACGGCGCGGGCCGCGGUGGCAGGCCUCGACAAGUCGCAGAGCACGCUCCUGCAGCAGGGCGCCCAGGCCACCGCCGCGGCCGACGCGGCCGGCGUCGCGGCGGCGGCCGCCGCCGCCGCCGAGGUCGCCGACGCAGCCGCCCCCCCGAGCGCCGAGAAGCCCGCGCACCAGAAGCUCCACAUGACCGUCUUCGCGGAGGCGAAGAAGCUGAAGGGGCAGUCGAUCGCCGAGGCGUCCAAGUCGGACAAGUCGGACUGGCGCUGGGCGCGCGACGAGUGCGAGCCGCUCAACGCGCCGGCGUCGGAGAGCACUGGGGCCGUCACCGCCGCGUUGGCGAACGUGGAGGCUGGGAUCCUCUUGAAAUCGUUCGGGGAGUUGAUGAAAGACCACGAGGAGAACCCGCAGUCGGCAUCGGACGCCCUGCACUCGAUGAUGGACUUGGUCAAGGUCCAGUCCACUUCGCCGAGCACCGCGUUGAUCCUGUUGCAGCGCAUGCACGCCGCGAGGGUUCAGACCGUGGAGGUGAACCCCGCCUACCAGGGGCGCGAAGCGCGCCGGGGCCACGUCCGCUCCGACGGCGCCGCCGACCCCGCAUGCUGCCUGAGCGCGCUAGCUUGUGUGAGUGAUGCCACUUCUCGUGAGUUCGAGCUGGCGGUUGUCGAGGUUUCGCAACCAGUCUCGGCCGACGUGGACACGCGGGGCCAGGGCCAGUAA